ACGGCUCCGGACUCUUCUUGGGUGUCGCAUUACCAAACGCUACCCAAACUUUUUGGUUUUAAUCGUUGCUUGCCUUGGAUUGGAAAGUUCCCAACCGAAACCGCCCCUCCUACUACUAUGAUCUAGGAUAGCAAACAUUUACAAAUUGACAAGUGUCACCUAAGAGCCCUUUCACACUCUUGCGGAUCCUGCACGAGCUGAAAAUGACCACCGGCGUCGAGCGACUAUUCGACGAACUUGGACACUUUAAAAGGUUUCAAGCAUGUCUUUACUUUGCUGCUAUUUUCCAGGCCAUCUCAUGUGGAAUACAUUACCUGGCCUCGGUUUUCUUAGUUCAAACCCCUAAAUUUCUAUGUGACGCUCCUUCAAAUAUCACAGACGUUCUAUAUAGAAAUCACUCUUCAACAUCGCUGCCAGAUAUAUGGACUCACUAUAAGCCAGGUGAUGGACCAGUGGUUGUACGGACAGCUGGAGGAGACCAGUGGGAACUUAGUCCUUGUUUAAAAGCGCUGCGACUUGAUGCCAUCAAUUUUCAAUACGAGUUUUUUGGGAACAAGACUGUAGAGUCAUGUGGUGGCUUUGUCUAUGAUCACAGCGAGGUUGAGCAGAGCAUCGUAACAGAAUGGGACCUGGUGUGUGAGAAGGAAUGGCUGGCCAAGCUUGCACAGCCAACUUUUAUGCUGGGAGUUUUGAUUGGAGCAUUGGUGUUUGGGGACGUCGCAGACAGAAUUGGCAGGCGCCCCAUUUUGAUGGCUACCAGCUUGUGCCAGUUUCUUUUUGGGGUCACUGUUGCAUUCACAGGGAACUACUACCUCUUUGUGUUGAUGCGUUUCCUUCUUGCAAUGGUGUCGAGCGGGUAUCUGGUUGUAGUCUUUGUGUAUGUGACAGAGUUUACAGGAAUUAAGGUGCGCACAUGGACCUCUAUGCAUGUGCACGCAGCCUUUGCUGUGGGCAUCAUGGUCGUGGCUCUAGUGGGGUACCUUGUUCGCGUCUGGUGGAUCUACCAGAUCAUCCUCACCCUCAGUACCUCUCCAUUCUUGCUCUACUGCUGGAAGUUUCCAGAAACACCCUUCUACCUAAUGGCUAAAGGACGGUACAAGGAAGCCCAGGAGCUGCUGGACACUAUGGCUUACUUCAAUGGCCUGCCACCCACCCUUAAGGUGUCAGAGCUAAAGGAUGAAUGUGAUGGAGCACAGUUGAACGACAACAAGCAGGAGGAUGGAAGAGUAGUGGAAGUCGAGAAGAGGCUAAGCAUCCUGGACAUGUUUGGAAGCUUGAAAAUGGCCGGUCGCAGCGCCACCUGUUGGGCUAUCUGGUUCAUCGGAAGCUUGGGAUACUAUGUCUUCAGCCUCGGGUCUGUCAACCUUGGAGGAAACCAGUAUAUCAAUCUCUUCCUGGCUGGUGCUGUUGAGGUUCCGUCAUACUUAAUUGGCUGCUUUGCAAUGGACCGGGUUGGCAGAAAGAAGACCUGUGCCCCAGCUCUGCUGCUUGGUGGAGUAGCUUGCAUGCUCAUUAUUGUGGUGCCCCAGGAUAUUGAGAUAUUGGCUUUAGUCCUGAGUAUGACAGGGAAAUUCACUAUUGCCAUUGCAUUUGGUCUGAUUUACUUAUACACCUGUGAGCUUUACCCCACAAUUAUCAGGUCUCUGGCUGUAGGCAGUGGUAGUAUGAUGUGUCGGGUGGGUAGUGUGGUGGCUCCUUUCUGUGUUUACCUUGCUGACAUCUGGAUCUAUCUGCCACAGCUCAUUGUGGGAAUUCUGGCCUUCAUCAUUGGGAUCCUGACCUUUUUUCUUCCGGAGACUCUGGGACAGCCCCUCACCUCGACUUUGGAAGAAGCUGAAGCUUUGGGCUCCAAGCCCAACAAAAAGAACACUGCAGUGGAUGUGCUAGAGAUGAACCAAAGCAUCAAAGCUUAAAUCCAUUUUCACACAGGAUUCCUGAAAGUGCCUUGACUGACUGAGAACAGUACAUACUCCAAUAUACAAGUCUGAAUGAGACAUCAAAUGUUUUUGACAAGUGUGAAACUAAUUUUGUCGUUGCAGGCAUUUGUGAAUAGAUGAGGCUGUGAGUGAGUUUGAGUGAGAGUUUGGAUCAUUAUUAAAAAAAAUAUUGGUAUAUUUGAUUGUGAACGUUUUUAUAUUUUGUAAUUGUUCUGAAAAAAUAUCAUGUUAAUUUUAACAAAUAGCUUGCAAGGCAGGACCUCA